UACAGCGUUGUUACAGCCACACCAUACGAUGAUGGUUAUCUGUGGAGAAAAUAUGGGGAGAAGAGGAUCAAUGGCAGCCCGUUCACAAGAAGCUACUAUAGGUGCAGUUACAGGGAUGAAACAGGCUGCCAAGCAUCAAGACAAGUGCAACAACAAAGCUUUAGUGAUCCACCCUUGUUCUUGGUCACUCAAAAGGCAGAACAUACAUGCAACACAGUACCUGCGGCUCAAGCUCAUGGAUAUUUGGUGCAACAUUGUCAGCAACCUGAUGAAUUGGCCACUCCCUUCCUUCUCCAGUUUAACCAAAGCUCAAAUGAUGAUAAUGGGGAGAAACAACCCAAUUAUAAGAGUAACAAUGGAGGAAUUAACAAAGAAGAAGAAGAAGCAUGCGACAACAAGAACUGCACCUUGUUAAACAGAUCUACUUCCACCAUUGCUGACACGGAUGCUACCUUUAUCACAAGUGACUCUACCUUCACUGAAAG